UCAUCAACUCAUCCAAAAAACCAUGAUUUCCACAUGGAGAAGGCGAAAAGCCGGCAAGAAUCACCGGCCCUCCGACUUAGAAGUCACCAUCCCUACCCACUUCAGGUGUCCAAUUUCACUAGACCUAAUGAAAGACCCCGUCACAUUAUCCACCGGAAUCACCUAUGAUCGCGAAAAUAUCGAAGCUUGGAUCGAUGCCGGCAAUUACACUUGCCCCGUUACGAGUCAAGCCUUGAGAAGUGUCGAACUGAUCCCGAAUCACGCCAUAAGAAAGAUGAUACAAGAUUGGUGUGUCGAAAAUCGAUCUUAUGGCAUAGAAAGAAUUCCUACUCCUCGAGUUCCGGUGACCGCAAUCGAGGUCAUGGAGAUCCUAUCUGAUAUUAUGGAUGCUACAAGGCGUGAAGAUGAGUCCAAGUGCAAGGAUUUGGUGAUGAAUCUCCAGGUUAAGGGAAAAGAAAGUGAACGCAACAAGAAUUGUAUCAGAGCGAACGGCGCCGGAGGCACUUUGGCCGCUGUUUUCAAUGCAUUCGCGGUGGCGGUCUCAUCGGAGAAACACAUGGGGGUGUUGGAGGUAAUCUUGUCGGCAUUGACAUUAAUGUUUCCUCUGGAUGCAGAAGCUGGGUCUUCUUUAGGUUCACCGGAUUCUUUACGUUGCAUGGUUUGGUUCUUGAAAUCUGGAGAUCUAUCUGCGAGGAGAAACGCGGUUUUAGCUAUGAAAGAGAUUCUUUCUUUGGAUAAUGAGUAUGUUUGUGUCUUGGAAAGGAUUGAAGGAGGUAAAGAAGCAUUAUUGAAGCUAAUCAAAGUACCCAUUUGUCCAACUUCCACUAAUGCUUCUUUGAUGGUUAUUUACUACAUGGUAUCAUCAUCAUCAUCAUCAUCAUCAUCAUCACUUACUUUAACUGGUAUUGAUAAGAUCAGAUCAGAAUUUGCAGAUAUGGGUUUGGUUUCUUUAUUAGUUGAAGAGAUCCUUGUAGACUCAGAGAAGAGUUUGUGUGAGAAAGCUUUAGGUGUUUUGGAUGGGAUUUGUAACAGUGAAGAAGCAAGACAGAAAGCUUAUAAUCAUGCUUUAACAAUACCAGUUAUAGUAAAGAAGAUUCUGAGAGUAUCAGAUAUGGCAACUGAGUUCUCUGUUUCUAUUAUUUGGAAACUCUGUAAGAAUGAAAAGAGAGAUGAUGGAGGUGUUCUUGUUGAAGCUCUGCAAGUGGGUGCUUUCCAGAAACUUUUAUUGUUAUUACAGGUUGGUUGUGGUGAGAAGACAAAGGAGAAGGCAAGUGAGGUGUUGAAAUUGUUGAAUCUUAACAGAGACAAGUGUGAGUGUAUUGAUUCAAUGGACCUCAAGGAGAUCAAAAGGCCAUUUUGAAUUCAAAGAAAGAGAAUUAUAGUUACAAGUUUGAAGCAGUAGUAAUUAAGUCUA